AUGGAUGAAAAUGAUGAUAGAGAGAUCAAAUUACAGAGAGCUUCCGGUGACUUGGUCAAGGAAUUCUCCGCCAAGCUGCCAUCUCUACUCUGGAAACCGCGGAAUGAGGAGAGACAAAGUAUUCGAGUCCCACGAAGAUGGACACAUGCUGCCAAGGCAGAGAGACUUAUAAACCUUGUAAGAGCAUUUAAUCUCUACAGAUUGUCGAUAUACUUCGCUCACAGCGUUACUCUACAGCUUGAGCCUUUCCAAGAAUGGCCGCAGCUGCUAGACCCACAUUUACAGCAGCUUCUACCUCCUCUGGUGGAUGCUUUCCUUGCCUACCUGGUCAAGUAUCGUGACCAAUAUGGCUCCAGAGCCCCCAGUUCUGAGCAGCAGGUACUGUAUCCCCUGCCACGGGCCAUCUGUCGGCUUCUCUACACCUUUUGCAAGGUCCGCGGGGUCAAAGUUAUCAGUCGCUUUUUGAACAAUGAGCCUAAGUACCUUGAUCAUAUGUUGCGGGCGUUUAUCGAGUGGGAUGCACUCGCGAUGGGUGAAUCUUAUGGGGAAACUUCGCGGCAGUUCGUUUGGGAGGAGCGCUACGUGAUGCUGACCUGGCUUUCACAUUUAUUGCUCGCCCCCUUUGACCUUGCCUCCUUGUCCUCGGAUGAUAUCCCGGUACCGUUCGACAAUCUGUGUCAAAUCAAGCCUUUACCGGCGCAUGCGCCAAUGGUAGCAAAGUCUCUACUUUCGGUGGCACUGAAAUAUGUCAAUGUCCCUGGCAAAGAACGGGAGGCUGCCACGCUUUUGCUUGCGCGGCUGAUUUUGCGGCGGGAUAUGCAAGCCCUUGGGCUCCUGACUAAUCUUACAGAAUGGGCGUUUGCAGUCCUGGAUCCUGGAAAAAGCGAAGAGCUUCCUUCUGUCUAUACGUGUAUCGGCGUUUUGUCUUUCCUGGGACGAUUGGGCGCUUCAGGGCAGGUGGAUGAGUUCGCACCCUUGAUCAUUACCACCUUUGAACGCAUUCUGCAUAUUGCACAGGAGCGAACGGGUGUAUCUGAGAUCAUCAGUUCGUCUGCUCUUGCUCGCAAGAUUAUCAUCAAGAUUCUGCGAUCUGUGACAGUCAUGGCACUGUCACUUAGUGAAAGAACAAAGAGCCCAAUCUCAGAGGACAAAGUUUCUUCGAUUCUGGAAGAUUCAAUCGACCAUUUGUUGGUGUCUCUCGCCGACAAGGAUACACCUGUCCGCUUCGCCGCAAGCAAAGCACUCAGUAUCAUCACUCUAAAGUUGGACCCGGCCAUGGCGUCCGAAGUCAUUGAGGCUGUCACUGGCUCCUUAGAAGAGAAUAUACUUUACGAGAAGUCGGAUGGCACAAUUGUCGCACCGUUCGAAGCGCGAAAGAUCGGAUUGCAUUUACUUAAGCGAAACCUGAAUGCGGUAGAUGCGCAAAGGUGGCAAGGCUUGAUACUCACGCUGGGGCAUUUACUCUUUCGACGCGCUCCUCCAACCCAUCAACUUCCACAUGUACUGCAGCCGCUAGUCUCCGGUCUCGAUUUUGAACAAAGAUUGUCUACGGGAAGCUCGGUAGGCACCGGCGUUCGAGAUGCUUCGUGUUUCGGAAUAUGGGCAAUUUCUCGCAAAUACACAACCCAGGAACUGUUGACCUUGGACACGCAAACUAUAAGCACCGCGUCGCGUCAAGAUGAAAAGAGCGUCUUGCAGAUGCUGGCAACAGAAUUAGUUUGUGCCGCUUGUAUGGAUCCUUCAGGAAAUAUCCGAAGAGGCGCCUCUGCUGCUCUGCAGGAGCUGAUUGGCCGCCAUCCCAACACCAUUACUGAGGGAAUUCCAUUGGUUCAGGUGGUGGAUUAUCAUGCAGUUGCGAGACGAUCACGAGCGAUGAUUGACGUUGCGAAAGCCACCGCUGCACUAAGUCACCAUUACUGGAGUCCCCUUGUGGAAUCUCUCUUGGGCUGGCGAGGAAUCGGGUCUCCUGAUGCUGAGUCCAGAAGACAGGCUGCAAAAGCAAUCGGAGAACUCAGUAUCCACCAAUCGUGCAGGACGAUUAGCGUAGUGCUUCACCGAUUACGGCAUAAGCUAUCGAGUCUUCCUCGUGGAGACGUUGAAGCGAGACAUGGCUGUUUGCUGUCUAUUUCCGCUACAGUAGAUGCCUUUAAUGCGCACAAAGCCACAGCGGCGGCCAGCAAGGAGAAAUCCGAAGCCAUUCUCGUUGCCCGGCAAGUUACUGACCUCUGGGACAUUUUUAGCUCUGCAGUCGGCCCUACCAAGGAUGACCUAACACUCCAGAUUUCUCGACCGGAGUUGACAGCUGAAGCCACAUCGUGCUUGAUUCGUUCGCUUUCCCAAUCAGUUACCCAAGGAAUUGAACCUACUUGUUCUCAGCCAUCAUCUACUGCACUGGACAGAGCACACGGGACCCUCUUGCUAUGUUUAUCCCGCAGUGAAGAUAUUGCUAUAGAAACAUCAUCUGAAGCUGUAUCCGAGUUCUUCCCUCUUCUACCAUCAUCUCAACAGGAGGAAACGAUACAAGAUUGGUUCGCACACAUUCGUGCUACCUGGAAGCUGCCAACGGGCAGAGGGCAGAUCUCGGCUCUAGGGGCGGUGUUCAGGCAGCUUGAACCUGACAAUAUUUUCAGACAGUUUGUGAUUGAGACGUUGCUUCGCUGCACUGAUAAGGAGGAGCUGAUCGAGAAGAGGGUAGCAGCGGUCAAGGGCUUGACUACAGGGGUUCUGCCCUAUAUCUGUGAGUUUAACAUAUAUCAAAUGAAACAAUCUGCUGACUUCAGGGCAGCUAUCACGGAGGACAUUGCGAAUCAUAUCAUUAGCUUUCUGAAUGACUACACAACCGACAGGCGAGGCGAUGUAGGGUCCUUGCUGAGACUGGAGGCAAUUCAAGCAGCAAAGAUUAUCCUUCGAUAUCAAUCUCGUCCGGAAUCUCGCUCUAUCUAUGCUCGGAGUAUAGUGGGCUGUCUUUGCCGGCUUGCUGCAGAAAAGUUGGACAAAGUCCGGCUACAGGCUUGGAUGUGUCUACAGGAUUUCUGGGCGUCCGCGGAAGACUUUCCACCGUUAUUGGAAAAAUAUGACCAUUUCAGCCACGUGUCUUCCACCGAAUACUUCGUCCAAUUACUUCAGCUGCAGGCGAUCGAUUGGCUACGCUUACCAUUGUUUCAGGGAUUGGCAACAUCUGCGGUUGCGGGUGCUGAAGGGCUUGUCCGUUCUACUCGCCUAGCACUGGUGCAGAGCCUCGGCAGCUACAAUGGGACGGAGCAGCAGACCGAAGUGCUUGCCAUUUUGAAGGACCUUGGAGUCAUAUUGAGCGAUAAUCUACACGAUGACCGCUACGCCAUACCGUCAAUGGAACUUGCAGCCUUUCUCGUGGAUGGUUAUGUCUCCUCCGUGACUGAAGCGUCUGAAUCAAGCCUAUGCGCCUCUGUGUCGGUUGGGACACCUAAGGGCAGAGGUCCUGAAGAAGAUGGUCUCAAUGCUCUUGCAUCCAUUCCCCAGGAUCCGUUCAAUUGUAGCAGACUACCUAUUCAUGGAAACAGGUUCAGACCUUGUGAGGGACGAGGAUUGGACCAAGCCCCCGAAGCAACUCAAGGGUCAAGUCGAUAA